AACAACCAGAAAACUCCUGCAAUACAUUUUAUGUGGGCUUUAUAAUUAACAAAAUCCUACUACAUACCUUUAAUAGGUAUGUAUUAUCGCGAACAUUUGUAUCCCUUUUCGAAAAUAUAUGUGGAGACUAAUGGUUGAAAACCAUAACAUCUCACACAUAAAUUGGAUAAUGUUCAAACAUGCAUGUAAUAGAUUCUGGUACCAUCUCGGCGGUACGAAUCGUGAGAAGUACCAGAAGAGAAGAAAAAAUGGCAAGAGGAAGCGUGUUACCGAAAUUCGCAGCAUCAAGAAUUGGCAUUUGUGCAGAUCAAGAUUCAGCACGAGUGGAAGAAGUGGAUGGUCAAAUUGGUGAUCCAAACGCAAAUCAAGUGGACAAAAGCCGACGGCCAGCAGAUGCAUCGCGAGCGGCAAACAUCGAUAUCAAGUGGACAAAAGCCGAUGGCCAGCAGAUGCAUCGCAAGCGGCAAACAUCGACAUACAACUUGGUGAUCCGGCAGCUUUACGAAAAUGGUGCUCUUCAUAUCGUCUGGUUAAACUCACCAUUCUAUUUACACACAUUUACUGUUCAACCCCAAUGCAGCGGAACAUCGGCGGAAGCGGCAGGAAACUGCAUAGGCGGAGUGUGAAAAUCUAUCGAUUUCAUUUCAUAUACUCUUCGCGUUUGUGCUUCAAUAAAAUCAAAUAAUGAGUAAUGAUUUGUU